UCCAGGCGAGUCGGUGUGUCCCCGGCUGGGACGGAAGUUGCACAAGUCCGAUUAGUUUCAGUUUUGUUUCUUUUUCAGGCACCCAGCAACAGCGGCCUUCAGGCCCCAAGCCCCCACGCCAUCCUAAAGGCCAAGAUCAACUCUGGCUAGGUCUGACCUGACCCAACAAGCAGCAGUGACAUCUUCACGUUUGCUGGAUGUACACGCGGAAGAGGAGGAGGAGGAGGAGGAGGAAGAGGGCAGCUCCUUAGCUCAAGACUUAGUGGUCCGAGGCCUCAGAGGACUAGAAGGAAGUUCCUGACCAUUCAGCAUGGUUUCCCAUGGGUCCUCGCCCUCCCUCCUAGAGGCCCUGAGCAGCGACUUCCUGGCCUGUAAAAUCUGCCUGGAGCAGCUGCGGGCACCCAAAACCCUGCCCUGCCUGCAUACCUACUGCCAGGACUGCCUGGCCCAGCUGGCCAAUGGCGGCCACGUGCGCUGCCCCGAGUGCCGUGAGACCGUGCCUGUGCCGCCCGAGGGCGUGGCCGCCUUCAAGACCAACUUCUUCGUCAAUGGACUGCUGGAUCUGGUGAAGGCCCGGGCCUGCGGAGACCUGCGUGCCGGGAAGCCGGCCUGUGCCCUGUGUCCCCUGGUGGGGGGCACCAGCGCCGGAGGGCCGGCCACGGCCCGGUGCCUGGACUGUGCCGACGACUUGUGCCAGGCCUGUGCUGACGGGCACCGCUGCACCCGCCAGACUCACUCCCACCGCGUGGUGGACCUGGUGGGCUACAGGGCAGGGUGGUACGACGAGGAGGCCCGGGAGCGCCAGGCGGCCCAGUGUCCCCAGCACCCCGGGGAGGCACUGCGCUUCCUGUGCCAGCCCUGCUCGCAGCUGCUGUGCAGGGAGUGCCGCCUGGACCCCCACCUGGACCACCCCUGCCUGCCCCUGGCCGAGGCUGUGCGUGCCCGGAGGCCAGGCCUGGAGGAGCUGCUGGCUGGUGUGGACAAUAACCUGCUAGAGCUGGAGGCAGAACGGAGGGUGGAGAAGGAAACGCUGACCCGGCUGCGGGAGCAGGCAGCCCGGGUGGGGACACAGGUGGAGGAGGCGGCCGAGGGCGUCCUCAGGGCCUUGCUGGCCCAGAAGCAGGAGGUGCUGGGGCGGCUGCGAGCCCACGUGGAGGCUGCCGAAGAGGCUGCUCGGGAGAGGCUGGCAGAGCUCGAGGGCCGGGAGCAGGUGGCCAGGGCGGCGGCCGCCUUCGCCCGCCGGGUACUCAGCCUGGGGCGAGAGGCUGAGAUCCUUUCCCUGGAAGGGGCGAUUGCGCAGCGGCUCCGGCAGCUACAGGGCUGCCCCUCGGCCCGGGGGCCGUCCCCCUGCCUGGUCCCACAGCUGGAGCUCCAUCCUGGGCUCCUGGACAGGAACUGCCACCUGCUUCGGCUGUCCUUCGAGGAGCAGCAGCCUCAGAAGGAUGGUGGGAAGGAUGGAGCCGGCACCCAGGGAGGUGAGGAGAGCCAGAGCCAGAGGGAGGAUGCCGCAAAGACAGAGAGACAGGGUGGGACCCAGCUCCAGGCCAGAGAUGAAGCCCAGACCCCAAAAGAGAUAAAAGCCCAGACACCCCGAGAAGACAAAGCACCGAUGCCCCAAGAAGAUGGAGCCCAGACCUUGGAAGAGGACAGAGCCCAGACGCCCCACGAGGAUGGAGGACCCCAGCCCCAGAGGGGUGGCAGGUCCAACAAGAAGAGGAAGUUCAAGGGCAGGCUCAAGUCAGUCUCCCGGGAGCCCAGCCCAGCCCUGGGGCCGAACCUGGACAGCUCUGGCCUCCUCCCCAGGCCCAUCUUUUCCUGCAGUUUCCCCACACGGAUGCCUGGAGACAAGAGGUCCCCCCGGAUCACCGGGCUCUGUCCCUUCGGCCCCCGGGAGAUCCUGGUGGCAGAUGAGCAGAACCGGGUGCUGAAACGCUUCUCCCUCAAUGGCGACUACAAGGGCACCGUGCCCGUCCCUGAGGGCUGCUCUCCUUGCAGCGUGGCGGCCCUGCAGAGCGCCGUGGCCUUCUCUGCAGGUGCAAGGCUCUAUCUCAUCAGCCCCGACGGUGAGGUGCAGUGGCGCCGGGCCCUGAGCCUCUCCCAGGCCAGCCACGCCGUGGCUGCGCUGCCAGGUGGGGACCGCGUGGCCGUCAGCGUGGCGGGUCAUGUGGAGGUGUACAAUAUGGAAGGCAGCCUGGCCACCCGGUUCAUCCCUGGGGGCAAGGCCAGCCGGGGCCUGCGGGCGCUGGUGUUUCUGACCACCAGCCCCCAGGGGCAUUUCGUGGGGUCGGAUUGGCAGCAGAAUAGUGUGGUAAUCUGCGACGGGCUGGGCCAGGUGGUUGGGGAGUACAAGGGGCCGGGCCUGCACGGCUGCCAGCCGGGCUCCGUGUCUGUGGAUAAGAAGGGCUACAUCUUCCUGACCAUUCGAGAAGUCAACAAGGUGGUGAUCCUGGACCCGAAGGGGUCACUCCUUGGAGACUUCCUGACGGCAUACCACGGCCUGGAAAAGCCCCGGGUUACCGCCAUGGUGGACGGCAGGUACCUGGUCGUAUCCCUCAGUAAUGGGACCAUCCAUGUCUUUCGGGUCCGUUCUUCAGACAGUUAAAGGGUCUAGGACUAGGGUGGGGAGGAGGGGGGAGGGAGAGGGCGGGGGGAGGCAGAGCUGUCUGUGGGAGAGGACAUGUUCCUGAAGGGCAGGGGUUGGCAACUUUUCAACAUGACGUGCCAAACUGCUAACCUGUCUUCCAGUGUGUGAGAAUAGGGACCAAGCGUGGUGGCGUGACCUUAACUCUCAGAAGCCGGGGAGGCAGGUGGCUGGGUGCGGGGGACGCUGGGGGUUCACCUGCCUCUUGCCUUUUGUGGAUGGCUGCUGCCACUGCCAUAUAGUUUAGGUUUUUGAGGUUUGUGAGCCUGUCAUGAUUUGCAUUCUUCAAAAGCAUUCCUGAUAGAGUAGCUGAGGGAGAGUCUUGGGGGGUCAAGAAGGGCCCAGGGUGGGUCAGGCGUGUGCAUUAUGGAACAGAGCUCCGACCCCUUCGGACUGGCACAGGGUUCUACAGAGUCAGAGGAGGCCUGAGAUGUCGAAUGGGCAGUAAGUGGCCUCUUCUGCCAGCCACAGGCAGGAAGUUCCCGUGAUCACGGCAUCCCCCCGCGGCAGUACCAGGUGGGCUUGCGGGAGGGUGGGUAAGUGCAGACAGCAGCUGGGACCAAAGAGGGGUUAGGGUCAAAGGCUGUGAAGAAAAUAGGCUACUGAAAAACCAAACCCAGCAGAAUUUGUGUCCAAAAAUCCACAUUCUCCAUUGCUUCUCAGUCUUUUGGCUAAGACUAAGUAUUGAAAAACACAGGCUCGGGCAGGCACAGUGGCUCACACCUGUAAUCCCAGUACUUUGGGAGGCUGUGGCAGGAGGACCGCUUGAGGCCAGGAGUUUGAGACCAGCCUGGGCAACAUAGUGAGACUCCAUCUCUACAAAAAAUUUAAAAAAUUAGCUGCAUGUGGUGACGCAUGCCUGUCAACCCAGCUACUCAGGAGGCUGGGGUGGGAGGAUCCCUUGAGCCCAGGAGUUCAAGGCUGCUGUGAGCUGCGAUCACACCUCUGCAUUCCAGACGGUAUCUC